CACACGCUAAGGAGACUCACAGAGAUUAACACAUGGAGCCAGACAUCAACAUAUUUAAGUUAUGCAAAAUGGACGUUACUGUCAAGAGGACUGGUAAGAGCACUGGCUCCCUGUCAGGAAAGCUGCCUGGGAAGUUGAAUUAAAAUUCAGAGGUGGUGGGAACAGCCUGCCAUUAAGACCAGGGCACAGUGAAGAAAGCUGUACAAGUAUUGCAUUGGGUUUUCCUGGAUGCAACCUCUGACCCCCAACCUGUAUAUUCUUCGUUAAUCACCGCUUCUCUGGAGUGUGGCUCUGCCUACCACCUGACAUGGACAGAGACAACCAGACUAGAGUGGCAGGAUUCCUUCUCCUGGGACUCUCUGGGCAGUCAGGGCAGGAAGAGGUCCUCUUUGGGCUAUUCCUGUGGAUGUACCUGGUCACCGUCAUCGGGAACUCUCUCAUCGUCUUGGCCAUCAGCUGUGACAGUCAUCUCCAUACGCCCAUGUACUUCCUCUUGGCCAGCCUCUCCUGUGUCGACAUCUGCUUUUCCUCAGUCACCGUCCCAAAGAUGCUGCUGAAUCACACUCUGGGAAGCAAGUCUAUCUGCUAUGUGGAAUGUAUGACCCAGAUCUACUUCUUUAUCACUUUCAUCAACAUGGAUGGGUUCCUCCUGAGUGUGAUGGCCUAUGACCGGUACGUGGCCAUCUGCUGCCCCCUCCACUACACCGUGAUCAUGAAGCCCAAGCUCUGUAUCCUGCUGGUGGCUGCAUCCUGGGUCAUCACAAACCUGCAUGCUCUCCUGCACACUCUCCUCAUGGCCCAGCUCACGUUCUGCUCCAACAAUACUGUGCAUCACUUUUUCUGUGACCCUUAUGCAGUUCUAAAGCUGUCUUGUUCUGAUACCUUUAUCAACGAGUUGAUGGUGUCUGUUGCAGGUGGACUUAUGUCUCUUACACCAUUCACAUGUAUCACUGUUUCAUAUGCCUAUAUCUUCUCUGAUGUACUGAAGUUGCCAUCUACCCAUGGAAUAAGUAAAGCCCUGUCCACAUGCGGAUCCCACCUGACUGUGGUCUCCCUCUUCUAUGGGGCCAUCUUGGGGGUCUAUAUGCGCCCUUCAUCCUCCUACUCAGUACAAGACACGGUGGCCACUGUCAUCUUCACAGUGGUGACUUCCUUGGCAAAUCCCUUCAUCUACAGCCUGCGAAAUCGUGACAUGAAGGCAGCCUUAAGGAAACUAAUUAUGAGGAGACUAAUCUUGUCAAGACCCUAGAAUUAGAAAAUUUUAGAGCUGAAACAGCUGUUGGAAAUCAUGCAUUUCUUCAUUUUUCAAGAGACUCUCAGGCCCAGAUAGGCGCAAAAUUCACCCAUGACUAUUUCUCUAAUUAGUUCUAGAUCAUGAUCACAUUUUAAAAUGAAGCUGACAGGGGUUCAUAAGUUGUGAAAUCAUUCAUUUGUUGCCUAUAGGAAGGGCUAAUACUAUGACCGUCAUUAUACAGUAAAAACUAGACCGAGGCCCAGGUGAAUUAGAUGACUGAUCCAGGUGACACCUGGAUGCAUUUUUUAAGGAUGAGUCUAGCAAUGCUACAAGAUAUUGGCCACCUCAAUGGGACGGGAAUCGCAAAUGACCUUAGAAACAGGCUUUUUAGACUCUAUUGCUCUAUAUGAUCUCUCAUGUAAAAAGUGAAGAAGCCAUGUUUAGAUUGGUUUGGAUUUGAGAUUUCAGAAGCAGGAAAAGCAGAAAAUAGGCUACAUAUGCCAGCUGAGAGCUAUAUAUGCUAAUAGAAUUUUACCAAUCUCACCCCAAUUAUCCUACUGUGCAUAAUAAUAAAUUAAAUACAACUGACACUUAUCAAGUGAUUUCAAUAUGCUCAAGACUAUCUCUGUAUUAUUUUACUUAAUCUUCAUACAACCUUAUGAGGUGAUACUAUAAAUAUUCCCAUUUUACAGUGAGGAAAUGGAGUCACAGGGAAUACUCAUCCAAGCACACACAACUACUAACUAUUGGAGCCAGAAUAGUUGCAACCAUUUCCUCUUCAGGUACUUGGUGAUUUUCUUCUUUUACUUUUUGGUUGUUAUUUUUAUUAUUUUAAAACUCGUAUACAGUAAAAUUGACCUUUUUUUAAACAUACAGUUCUAUGAGCUUUAAGACACCUUUAGAUUUGUAUAACCAUCACAACUACCAGGAUAAAUAACAGUUCUAUCUCCUGAAGUAGUUCAUCCAUGCAGUCCCUUUGUAGUCCAAGUCUCCCUCCACUCCUAACCCCUGAAAACCAGUAAUAUAUUCACUCUCUGUUUUGCUUUUUCCAGAAUGUUGUAUAGAUGGAAUCACAAUGUAUGUAACCUGU